CUGCCCCGCCCCCUCAGCCUGUCCCUUCAAGCGGGGCCAGCUCGCUGCCGCCUGCCACGGGCCGAGCUCGGGCGGGGGUGAAUGAAGAAGCUUGUUGGCCCGUGCCCGGCCUUGCCCCUGGGGGCCGGUGUGAUGCUGUCCGGGGCGUGGUGCAGCCUGGCCCCCCCGGCUGACAGCGCCGUGCACGGCGCUCCCCUGUGCUGCCGGCUGCACGGGAGCAGAAACCACCUGAACCCCUCGGGCUGGGGGGGGGCCUGGACCCAGGGGUGCCUGCGGGACAUUGGAGCGGGAGGAACCUUCCCAAGUGUGCGGCCGGCUCGGGGGCAUGGAGGAUACUCUGCGGGGAGCAGGAAAUGGGUCUGCUGACGAGUCAGGCAGAAAGAUCAAGGGUACCUUGAUCCACGCCACGCCUGCAUAUCACUGGAAAGGCACAUGUGCUUUCCAGUCACUUGCCAGGGGAUGCUGUUGAUCAUCCCGUGAUAAGGCUAAGGCAUAGGGGUUAUUUCAUCAUUGAAAAUUCCUUGAAUAAAUGAAUAGUAAACCACUCACCAUGUCCCUCAAUCAAAUGCCUGUUCCUGGGCCACCAUCUGCAUCCAAACCAGAGGGCAGAAAAAUGAAAGGUAGUUUAUCUCUGGUACCUGUCAGCAGUAGAAAUGCAGAGCUCCCUCAGCUAAGAAACAAAUCAAGUAUGCUGAACCGUUCAGGGCCUCUUCCCACUUCCCUACAGUGUGAUUUCAUCCCAAAAGAGAUCCUCCUAGCUCUGACUUCUGCUGCCAGUAGUGCCUAUAGCCCUGAAUACUUAAGACCCCCCAAGAAAAACAAAAGUGCAAAAGACUUCAAGGGGAGCAUGCGUGUCCCAGAUGGGCUCUGGCAACAUCCCAUUCGCAGGAACAAGUUCAAAUAUCUCAUAGACCAUCCCAUCUGUCUGACAGGAGCUGGAAGCGAUGUCUCAUUUCUAUGUGACAUAGCUGGAAAAGAAGAUGGAAGAAAGAUGUCUCCAGCAAGCUCUUUAACUGAACCACAUCGUUAUGAUUCAUCCACGACUAGUGCUACAAGUGUAGCAGAUAGCCUUGUCCCUGAAGAAUUUCACAUUGUGAAGAACAAAGGAGUCCUGGGCUUGGAGUAUUAUGAUGAUAAAUACACAACUCUACUUGAAGACAGUGAAAACAGACUGCGGCUAUUCCCAUCCAUGAAACCAUCUGGGAGAUUAGAGGUCAUCCAGCUGAUGAAGGUGAUGGACACCAUGCUGGAGAAGGCUGGAGUAGAUGAUGAGCAAAUUGGGAUAACAGGACCUUCACAGUUGCACAAUGUAUUGGAGGUGCUGAAGACAGAGCAGAACAUUUACAACAUAGUGUUCCAUGAGCUGAUUCGACAGGUCAGUGUGGAUUGUGCAGAGAGAGGAGAACUGCUUUCUAAGCUUAGGCAGAGGUAUGUGAAUCUGCUGGAUCGAAUACCCCAACGGAUGAGAAACCUUUACGAAGAAAUGAUGGCACAACGAGUAAUGGACAGGCACAUUACAGAAGAGUUAUACAACUUCAAGGAAUCUGUUGGACAGCUGACCAGUGAGCUAUGCGAGGUCCGAGAACAUGACUUCAGGGUGACAAGAGAAGCAGAACGGGCCCAUGAGGAGCUGGCUGAUGCAGUGCGGGACGCUGAGCUGAAUGCAAAUCUUGUGGAAGAAUAUCGUGAGUUGUAUGAGUUACAAAGAGCGAGGCUUGAGACCCAGCUGCUCCAGUUAACCCAAGAGAAAGAAAUCUGGAGCUCAGCUACAUAUGACCUGGCAAUGAAGGUGAUCGAAAGAAACCAGCUCACAUUGUCUCGCAAGCUCUAUGUUAGUGAAAAGGCAUGGACCAAAGUCAUCAAACACUUCAUAGUGCUUCUGGCAUCACAGGACACAGCAGACCUUUCCGAUUUGCAGGAGAUGACUGAGCAGUUCAGGGAGCUGUUGAACCGCAUUGGAGUUGAAGUGGAACAUGCUGAAAACUCCAGCAGAGAGAAGCUGCGAAUGGUUCAGAAUGGCCUCACCAAGUGGAUGCAGUACUUCCAGGACAAUGUUUUCAGGAAAGCAAGCUUCUCCAAUACGAAGGGAGAGGUAUUGGAGGAAAUCCUACAGGACUUCAAGAACUUGGAAAAGAUGUUGAAUGAGGACCUGGAGCAAUAUGGAGGGGAAGUUCUACUAAUGAAGAAGGAGACCCUCAAGAUGGCUGCUAACCUGCAGAAACGUUGGACAGAGCUGGGACAAACAGUGCUUAGUCGUCACAAGGACAUUAAUGGGGUGUUGCCUCCAGAGCUCAGGGCCAUGGAAGAAAUAAAUGAACGUGCAAAUGAGCUUUGCCAGCAGUACAGCGUAAGAAUAAAUGGGGAGAAUGGGGUAACCAGGAUUUUGACAGGUUUAGUGAGCAGUAUGGAAGAUUGGACAUUCAAGAUGCUAACCAACAAGCGAGGAUCUGGCAUGCAUGAAUCUGAUUGGCUGAAAUUGUUUCGAGUGAUUCCUGAUUGGCUGACCCAGGUGGCUGCACUGAUGACAGUUAUAGGUUCCGGCCAGUCUCAUGAGGAUCGGAGCAAUAGAAAGCCUCAUGUCUCGGUCGUUUCAGGUGAUGUGUUUAAGAUGAUUCAACAAUGGAUCUUGACCACAACUUCUGGGGCUGAGAAGGACAACAUACAGCUCACACAGGAAAUGAUUGAUCUCCACAAAGCCCUGACCAUGUGGCUAGUGAAUUUGCUGACUUUGAUGGUACCUGACCACUCCUCCAAUAAGGGUCUCCUAGAGAAUGAGUCAGAAGCUGCUAAGGAUCAAGAGCUCAAGAGGUUAAGGGGCUAUAAACUAGAGGAAGAAGCUAUGAACCUGGUUCCAAAACUGAGCAGAUUCUCCAGCUAUGUAAUGAGCUGCUGCAAGGAGUUGGUAGAUGUUACAGUUCGGAAGAAACAAGCUGAAUUGGAUUCAGACUACAAUUAUGAGCUGCGGGAGCUGGAGAAAAUAAAGACCGAGUGCCUUGAUUGGAUUAAUACCUGCAAUCUCCUGCUUUCUGAAUUCAAAGGCUCUCCAGUCUCCUUACUGAGUUUAGAAGAGCAGAGGAACCUGUUUGGGCCUCAGGAGACCCAGCCACAGAUGCACUCAAUUGUUGUGGAUUCUUUACCUGAAGAAAUUUCUGAGACUUCUUCUGAACUUGGGAAAGACAAAACUGAAGAUGUUGAUGUUGAUAAGAAAUCUGAGAAAGGGAAAGAAGUGUUAGGGGAAAAGCUGAAGCCACCUGCACCAGAUGUCAGCAGUGAUGCCUCAACUGUAAGCAGUGAGGUAACUGAGGACACCAUCAGAUACCUAGGACAUGACUCCAACAUCCAUUUGAAAUCCCUCAAGUCAACAGCGGUGUCGGUCUCUGGGAGAGAGAUGACUGCCAGCAAGUCAACAACCCCGUAUUCUCAAAAGGAGUUUGAGACCUUGGCUUCACUAGAACGUCUGCAAGAGCAGCUCCUAGAAGCCGAGAUCCGUGCUCAGAAUGCAGAAGAGAGAUCAGAAAGCCUGGAUGAGCAUCUGGAAGAAGCUCUGGGGAGAAUCCAGGAUCUAGAGAAACAGCUGGAAAAAGCACUCAAAGCCCAGGAAGUAGCACCAAAACCAGAAGUCCCUUCCCAAGAAGAAUCCAAGACAACGUCUCAUAAACCAUCUGCUGCUGCCCGGUCCAAGAAAGCCAGCAGACCCAAACAUUAAAGAGUAGCAAUGCCCAGUGAA